GUGAGUGAGAGAGAGAGAGAGAGAAGGGGGCAGCCAGUCAGCAGCACCAACUUCUCCCUCAAUUCUCCCGACUGUCAGGCGCACGGCAGCAACCAGCAGCAGAACAACAAGCAGAGACUUUUAAAACAUACAACUUCUCUCACCCAACAGCACCCCGAGCUGGGGGUGGGGGAAGAAGAGAGCACUCAUUAGAAAGAGAGAGGAGCAGACAUACACACAUAGAGAGAGAGAGAGAGGCUCUUUAAAAGGGCCGCCGGACGGACGGGACUCCAGCACCAGGUGUGAUACUGGAGUAUAGAUGAAUGUGUCAGAAAUCUCAGGGUGUACUGUUUGUUUUCAAAACUUCAGUUCUUCAAAUGGAAUUGUAAGCAGAAGAUCAAGAAAGUGAAGAAUUCUUGUUGGAAGAAAAAAAUGGGGCUGAAAUAGCAAACCUUUUUGUCAAUGAUGGAACACAAUCUCAGGAGUACCAGGUCGUGAACAAGUGAGAAGAAAAUCAGAAAAAACUGCGUCCCAUCAAAUUCCAUUUCCAUUGUUUAGGCAACCAGCUACCCUACCUCUUCCAGUAGCUGGACCACAUGCUACAAUGCAUCCGUUCAGAACACUUGGUGCUGUCAGCACAGCACCAUGAAAGCCAGCAGCAGAAAUAAAGACCACUCGGCAGAUGGCGAUGGAACUGGAAAAAGACCAAAGCGGAAGUGUCUUCAGUGGCAUCCUCUGCUUGCCAAAAAGAUGCUGGACUUCUCUGAGGAGGAGGAGGAAGAUGAGGAAGAUGAAGAUAUUGACAAGGAAACUUUGCUGAACACAGAAGGUCUUGAACAUGAGGCAGAUGAAACAGAAGAUGAUGACUCCUCUGAACAGCGAGCUCGCAGGCCGAUGAAUGCAUUUCUUUUGUUUUGCAAACGCCAUCGUUCUCUGGUUCGUCAGCAACAUCCUCGCCUAGACAACCGUGGUGCAACCAAGAUACUGGCUGACUGGUGGUCUGUUUUAGAUCCAAAGGAGAAACAAAAGUAUACUGACCUGGCAAAGGAGUAUAAGGAUGCUUUUCUGAAGGCUAACCCUGGAUACAAGUGGUGUCCAACAACCAACAAACCAUUGAAGAGUUCAUCACCUACUGUUACGACAAGAAAGAAGCUCUGGACGUUUCCAACAGAGCCCACAAAGGAGUUUCCCAUCACCAAAAGGGUGGUUAAGGCUGAGGAAAUGCCACAAAUCAACUUUGCAAUGGCAGAUCCCACACAAAUGGGAGGACUCAGCAUGCUGCUCUUGGCAGGAGAACAUGCCUUGACAGCAAAGGAGAUUUCCUCCAAUACAACACAGUCAGGGAUCCCUGACUCAACCAAGCAGUGUGGGAAUUCAGCAUUGUUUCAAUUAGCAGAGAUGUGUUCGGACCGGUUGGUAACUGAAGGAGUAAAAACUGAGCCCACCAUGUGUACCUCAGAGGAUAGCCAUACACCUGAGAUGCCCACCAUAAAUCCUGGAUUGACUGCAAAGGAUAAUGGUAUUAAGCCACAGGAAUGGAUUACUAAUGACAAAUCUUUGUCCUUGUUAACUGACACUUCUGUGACAAGUCUUAAUAAAAGUGAAAAAAUUAAAAAGAAGAAGAAGAAAAAAGUUAAACUUGAAACUACCAAAGCUGAAAAACAGACAUUUAAAAAAAGCGGCAAGAAACGGAAAUCAUCAGAGUCUGACAUGGAAAGCUUAAUGUACACGAUUGAUGCUGUUGCUAAGGGGGACUGGGGCACUGAAAAACCUUCAGGGAGCCCAAUGAAAAGUGCACGAUGCUCAGCAAAGUCAACGGAAAAUCUGUUACACUCUGUCUCCAGCCCACCAAAGAAAAAAAUGAAACCAAAACCAAUCAAAUUACCUGCUGAAAAGAUUUCAGAACUCAACAAACACUCAAAGGUUUCUGAUCUUGAGAAAGUUACCAGCAGCCCAAUCAAAACUGAAACUUUUUCUGUCACUGAGCAACUACUUUCCCAUAAUGCACUAGGUGAAGUGAAAGCUGAGAACAAGGAGAUCAGUAAAAAGACAGAAGCAUCUGGGUCCAGAAAAUCUGAGCGAUCAUGUAAAGGUGCUCUCUAUAAGACUUUGGUGUCAGAAGGAAUGUUGACAUCUUUACGGGCCAAUGUCGACAGAGGUAAGAAAGCUUCAGGGAAAGGGGGUUCGUCUGACCAUGAGGGAUGUUGGAAGGAGGAAGAUUGGUCAUUUUCAAAUAUUGGGACUAGUGGAACCAAGAAGUUGAAGAAGUUAAAACAGAAAGAUGAUUCUGCUCUCGGGUUGGGGAAUCUAGAGCAGGAGUUUGCAAAGAAAUUCAACAGCCUUCCACAGUACAGUCCAGUAACCUUUGACCGCAAGAACACAACAGUGACAAGAAAAAAGAAAAAGAAUAGGAGCGGAUCCACUGAGCAACAAAAAAGUGAUAAAGGAUCAUCUCCAUCUCAGAAAAUAGUCAGCAAGUGUAAACACCAAAAGGGGACACAUCAUUUAACUGAUAAAGCCAUAGCACCACCAGAUUCAAACACUGAGGAACAUGCAGAGAAAGCAGACCAUACUGCAUUGGUUCCAAGCAGCCCACUGUCAGCUGUUACACAAGAACCUCUUGUUGGCAGCCAAAAGCGCAAGGCGAGAAAAACAAAAAUAACACACUUAAUCCGAACAGCUGAUGGCCGCUUAUCACCUGCAGGGGAGCUGACAAAGGAGAAGAUACAUUGUAAACAGGAAAAGAAAAAACAGCCAUUAAAGACAGACAUUUCUGUUGGUGGAGUCAACUAUAGUCAUUCAGAAACUCAACAGGCAUGUAGCAUUUCUCCAGAAGUACAAACAACAUCUGCAAUCCCAGCAUUCUUCAGUUUAGCUGCCCUGGCAGAAGUUGCAGCAAUGGAGAAUGCACAUAGAGGCCAACGUGCGGUUUCUCUAAACCAUGAUGGACAGCCUAAGGAAAUGGCACAAACCUCAGUACUUAUCUCCUGUGCAGACCAAUAAUGCAUUAUUGCUUUGUAUCUUUACAAAGUCUGGAACACACGAGAUGGGUCAGUUUGACCUGAUAUUGACUGCAUUGUCGGAAUGGCACCCUGCUGUGGCUGGGUAUCUCAUAGAGCAGCUGGGAAACACUGGUUCAGCAAAGCCCCAUGGGACAAGCUCACAAUUUGAGCAUCAAACAUUUACGAAUGGAGCUAAACCAGUUUCUUCAGCUUUUGGUUCCCUAUCUGAAGGCAACCUGGUAUAUAAAAAGAAUAGCUGUUACACAGAACAACUGCCCAUGAAAUCUACUGGCAAUUCUUGCCACUGCACGCUACACGAUCAGAGUGUGAGCUACUCAAGUUUGCUGCAAAUUCUAGCUUUUCUCAAGUAACACUGAUGCACUGUGCUAGUGACUAGAUAUCGUCAACCUCGGUUUUUCCUUUUUUUAAAGCACAUUAUGAUUUUGAGUUUCAUGGAAACUUUAAUCAUGAACUUCUGCCUGAUUACUGAAAUGAUGUGGCAGGAAAAAUAUUAUUGGAAGUUCUUUACAUUUGCCCAUUGCAUUAAGAUAUUUUAUUUCAACGGCACCAUUAUUUAGUUGAAAUCUCUGUUAAUCUGUAGUUGAGUUUAAUAGCACAGCCUGUCUCUGUGCAGACAGUAAGUACCUUUUGGUUACACAUGCGAUCUUUGUGCUUUUUUUUUGUUUUCCAUGACAAUUUAAUACCUAUUAUUUUUGCUUUCUCUUGCUAAACCUCACUGACCCUGCAUUGGGGCAGAUUACUGGAUGUGACUGUUUUCCAAUAUACUGUUAAGAUGUGUAAAGUAAUUUGCUUAUUUUUAAGCAAUUAGGCACUAAUAGUGGCAGAAAUCCUGCAAAGCUUUUUAGGUCCCAACUGUUGCACUGCUGUGUUUUUUACAGUGAAUGAUUAUUAUGAUGGUUAUAGGGUUACUAAUUCAACAAAUUACUGAGGAGAUAUUCAGGUUUUAUUUCAGGUUGCAGAAGUAUAUCAGCACAAAGGAAAAAAAAGUCUUCUGUCAGACCAACAGCUAGAAUUACUGAUGUUUAGUACUGCUUAGCUUGAAUGCAAAAUAUCUUUCUUCCCAUAUUGGUUGAAGAUCAUGUUACCAGAAUGGCAAACAACAUGGACUACAAGUGAUGUUUUAAAGCAGUUGCACAAUUUUGAGAGCACGCACACAGACAGUUUCAGUGCCGUGAAGUAAUACAAGACCAGUUGCUGCCUGGGCAUUGUAGUUGUUAGUGCGACAUCUUGACAUCAACAAAUACCAGGUAUUAAUUGUUCAAGGCAGUCUAUUUUUGGGAAAUCUGCAGGGUUAUUUGGUGUACUGUAUGUAAUAUACCCAGUCUUUAUAAGCCUCACGUAAGGAAUAGUACAUGCUGUUCACAUCAGAGAUGAUUUGUUCUUUUAGAAGAUUGUGACUGGAAUUUGCAAUAAAAAGCUAAUGAUAAAUACCAUGGCACAGUUAUAAUGAAACAUGUAUUAGGUGCUGCUGUCUGAGCUAAACAAAUCUGUAGUUGAUACACAAAAUCUAAUUCUGCCUGGAUUGAACACACAUUAAACCUGAGCAAAAUCUGACUCCAGCAAAAAUGAUUUUAACACAUUUAAAUUUAGUCUAAUUUUAAUCUUGAGUAUUUUUGAUAAAUUGUCACAUUUAUAGCAAUGU